CUCUCCCUCCCUACUCUCUCUGCGCAGGGAGCAGUAGAUGAUAAAUAUCGUGGGAAGGUUUCCACACCUUCUCAUUGGCUCACAAGACAGAGACCCCUGCAUAUAAAGCGAGAGCGCCUGAUCUAGCAGCCUUGAACCGCUGGCGAGCAUUUUGGAUCACACCAAGGAGAAAAUAGACAUCCUUUUACGCACGGAGCGCGCGGAGAGGUUGCAGACGAGCGCGCGAGGGUUACCUAUUCAUCGAAGGAGAAGAGCCAACAGAGACCUGUUUGGCAUCUGAGUGGACAUGUGGCUCCUGGAGAAGCUCCGCAGCUCCGUGGAGAGCAGUGGGACAAAAUCCCAGCCCCCGCAGACAGUGGAGGCCAUUCCUGUUUCUGUUUACGCCAACGUCCUCACACCAGAAAAGAUCCCUGAUUUCUUUAUCCCGCCCAAACUGAUCUGCUGCCCACCAGAAGACCCUCUAACCCCGGAGCCUCAGCCCUCCUCCAUCCUGCGACCCUCCUCCUCCGACCAUGCCAUCUGCAGCCAGAGCCCCAGAGCUCGCAGCAGCAGGAGACCCUGCAGCCCUGGCCUCUUCUCCCGCCUGGGAGGAGACACCCGAAGUCUGCAGAAGUCAGCCAACCGUCACAUAAUUCAGAUAGAGAGCGCUGAUGAGCCGGGUGCCGGGUCUUCAAACAGGCUCAGAGCUACAGUGAACACGAAUGCAGACCCCCAGUCUCAGACCGCCAUGUCUCUGCCCUACGUCCCCAAAGCUCAGACCUCCUAUGGCUUUUCCACGCUGGUGGAGUCUCCCCAUACCCGCCGCAAGGAGAGCCUGUUCCACAGCGACCCCAGCAGCCCGCUUACCUCGCCCAACUCCCAGAGGCGCUCUCAAGGGGGGACUCUGCUGGCCCCGGCAGACCCCAACCCAUAUCGCUACUUCAGCGGUGGAGAGAGUGACACCUGCUCCUCUGCAGAGUCCUCCCCCUUUAACUCUCCUCUGCUCUCCCGCUCUGCAUCUCUGCUGCGCACCAUUACGCAGGAGACGCAAGCUAAGGUAUCUCGUGCCAAGCGUUCCCUUGCUCGCCACAGUUCCCUCUCCACAGAUGACUGCAGCUCAGCAGACAACAGCCCCAACAUGCAGCGCCGCCGCAUGCGCUGCCCGCCCUCUCCGGCCUUCCGUGGAUGUAAAAGCAGCGGGAUAAGAACCGUUGCCUCUGACCUCCUUCAGCGCGAGCACACCGUCAACCUCCACAAGGGGGGGACACUGAGGUUGAGUACUCACUACGAUAAAGAGUCAGCACGUCUGAGGGUGCGUGUGCUGGCAGCCGAGGCCCUUUACGACAGACAGACAGACCCUAAAAGCAUCAACUGCUGUGUGGCGCUCUACCUGAACCCUGGGAAGCAGCAGAAACAGAGGAGCACCAUCAUCAAGAACAGCAAGAAUCCGGUGUUCAACGAGGACUUUUUUUUCGAUGCGCUGCCUCAGGCGCAGGUAAAGAAUCUGGCCAUGAAGAUAAAGGUGGUGAACAAAGGAACCAGUCUGAGGAGAGACGUGCUGCUGGGAGAGAGGGAGGUGCUGCUCAGCGAGCUGCUCGCAGGCCUCUAGGGAGAAGCUGUCAAGUUGGAAACAAGCAGCAUGAUGGCCCUUUCUUCUCUGGCUACCUUCUAAUCCCACUCCACAGAUCUGAUAAAUACCAGGCAGGUGCUGGCGAAAAGGGAAUUAUAUCUUGCACACUGUGUUUUUUAAAAUCAACCCACAAAAAGGCUGUAGAAAUACUUGACCAAGUUGCAUCAGUAGCUUUUCACAGUCCAGUUCAUCAAAACAACACCACCAAUACUC